ACAGUUUGAAAUCACAAGUAAGCCUGCAAAUACUAAGAAACACGCUUUGAUAGUUUGAAACAGUCUCACUACUUCUGUAAAUCUUUCUUCAUUUGUCAGGUUUCUUUUGUCACUCUCUUCCUCACUGAUUCAUUGCUUCCUUGCCUAUUGUAGUCAUUCUGCAUCGUUUUCUCACUAUUUUGGUUUUGUUUUUUUUCCCAUGUCUUCAACUCCCUAUAUAGACAAAGCCCUGCUCUUUCUUCUUCCUUCCUUAGAUUCCUCCCCACCAUAUUCUUUGUUUUUAAUCAAACCCAAAUCUUUUUAUUCUUUGGUUUCUUGUUUUACUGCCGACCCUGUUUGAUUGCCCUCAAGGUGUUUAAUCAAAUGCCUCUGACGUUUUGGCAACUGGGUUUUGCGUGAAGUUUCCAGAAGAAGCCACAGUUUGUUAUAAAGAGGUUCAAGGUCUCUUGUUACUGUAGAAAGGGUGUUGGUAUCACCACAUAUGACAUCGUCUCUGGAGGACCUUCUUGCAGAAGAUGGUUUCAAAGGAAAAAAAUUGUGGGCAAGGUCGAAGACUUCCUUGAGGACUGAAACUAGGCCUCAUCACCUUAGUCCAGACCAACCAAAGAGACAUUCAGUGUCAGGAGAUAUAAGGACAGGGAGGACGAGGUCUGAUGUAAAUCGUAAUGGUACAAAAGGUGAUGUGCCGACAGGUGAUGACAUUAGAGGUAGGAGGGGACUAAGAGAUGAUCUCCUUAGAAGAGAUGAAGUAAGUGGAGGAUCAAAGAAAGAAGUUAGGAAUAGUAGACUUGGAGGACUAGGUUCUACUAGCGGGUGGGAAGCUAGGAGUUUAAAUAGCAAUUUAGCAGAGAGAGGUAAUGCUAGCGUGUGGGAAGCUAGAAGUUUAAAGAGUAAUUUAUCGGAUAGAGGUCAUGCCAGUGUGUGGGAAGCUAGAAGUGUGAAGAAUAAUUUAUCAGUGUGGGAAGCUGGAAGUUCAAAGAGCAAUUUAUCAGAGGAUCAGCCGGAAACUGAGAUAGUUGAGGUUGAAGAUGAAGAAUACAAGGACAUAUAUUCAAAUGAGUUGUAUAGGUCAGAGGGAAGGAACGGUAAAUAUUCUACUGGAAGUAUGGAAAAGGAAGGAUUUGAUGAGAGGUUAAGGAAGUUGAAUGAGGAGGAUAGGAGGCACAGCAACAGUUCAACUAACCAUGUGUUGAGUUUUAGUGAAGUUAACAGGAAAAGCAGGAAACAGCGUGCGAGCUCUCAUGACAGAUUAAAGAGAGGUUCAUCAAUCAGCAAAACUUCUGACUAUAGCGGCAGCCAAAAGCGUGAUAAAGUUUUACAUCCUGCUUCUAAACCUGCUCUUGAUGAAAUUGCUAUCAAGGCCAUGGUUUCCAUAUUAAGUGGAUAUAUUAAGCGUUUUAUCAAAGAGGAGGAGUUCCGGAUUGCACUUAGAGAUAACUGCCUGAGUUCUCUAAGCUCUAAUGAUCAGGAAGAAGAGCAUGCUGAGAGCAAAGUCAUACUAAACCUGGAAGAAGCAAUGGAAACAAUAGCAAUGGCUGCUGAGGAGUCUGCAAAUGAAAAAGAUCUAAGAAGAGCCUCUUUGCAGCUUAGUGUUAUCACAGGGUUGACCUCCGAUGAUUUGAAGGACGGAUUUACAUCGGGGGUUUUUAAUUGUAGGUUGUCAGCUUGUGCUCAUCUCUACCUCAGUGUGGUGUAUAAGAUACUGAAGAAAGACAGGGUAUCGGCAAAGCAUGUUCUGCAAGUGUUCUGUGAUUCACCAUUUACUGCAAGAACGAUAUUGUUGCCUGAAUUGUGGGACUAUCUAUUUCUUCCACAUCUUUCACAUUUAAAGGUGUGGUAUGAUCAGGAGGCUGAUUCUCUGGCAGAUGCACACAAUGGGCCAAGGAAACUGAAGCUUUUAGGAAAGGUGUACAAUGAUAUUUUAGACUCUGGGACUUACCAAUUUGCAGUUUACUACAAGGAUUGGCUUACAGAAGGAAUUGAAUCUCCUAGCAUUCCUUCCAUCCAUAUCCCUUCAUUAUCUCUUCGACAAGUUCAGCAGGGAGGUUCUCAUGGUCAUUCUUCAGAGAUAGCUAGUCCAGGUGGUCCGCAAUCAAUGGUCAGCAAAAAAUUGUAUGAUGCAGUGUUUGGCCGCGCAAGUAAAACCGAAUUGUAUGAAGUUGAAGACGAUGGAGAGAUUGAAAGCUUUGAAGAUUGUAUGAGAACUCCUGAUGGUUCAGUUGUUGUUGAACAAAAAAGACCGUACUCUGGUGAAGCAACUCAAUAUGGGUAUCGAGACAUUGAAGAAGAUUCCACUCAGACUGCACUAGAAGAUGAAUUCCUUGUUGAAAAUGGACUCUCAAUGGCACCUGAGCAACAAUGGAGUUGUUUUGGAGACAUUGAUCCACCAGAAAGUGACCUCAAUGACCAAUUUGGUGAAAUUUCUAGAGAAAAUACAGAAAGCACCAAGAUGCUACAUCAACCAGCUCCCAAAGAAAAGGAGCUUACUCCAAAAGGGAUUAGAAAAUCAACCUCCACUGUUUCGAAUUCUAGUCAAGCAUCAAUUACCAGUUCUAUCAUAAAUCCAGUCAAAGCAAGUUCUUCUUCUGAAGAGUUGCAUGGAAGUUAUGUUGAAGAAGGAAUUGAUUCAUCAAGUAUUCCCCAGGACUUCCUCUGCCCUCUAAGUGGGGAGUUGUUUGAAGAUCCAGUGACUCUAGAGACUGGCCAAACCUUUGAGCGGUCAGCCAUCAGGGCAUGGUUUGAUGAGGGAAACAGAACAUGUCCUGUGACAGGAAAAGCUUUGGAAUCUCUAGCAGUACCUCUUACAAAUUUAAUCUUAAAGCGUGUGAUUCGUAGUUGGAAGUCUGAACAUUCUAGGCAACUCUUAGCUUAUGCCUCUCAUGUAGUGGGGACCUCAGGGAGAGUUGGAUCCAAACACUAUGACGAAACAAUUAUUUUUGUGCUAGAGCAGCUUCUCACUUGUUUCAGCAAAAAGGAAAGAACAGCAAAUGCCAGACAUCUUAUCUCUCUUGGAUGCUUGCAGUUUCUUCUUCAACGGUUUGAAGUAGGAAAGGAGGAAGAGAAAUCACGUGUAGCAGCACUCUUUGCCUGUUGCAUAAAGGCAGAUGCAGAUUGUAGGAAUCUAAUUGCAAGCAGCAUCAACAAACAGUGCCUCGUGGAGCUGCUUCAGGGAAAAGAGGUUAAAAUAAGAACAAAUGCAGUGUUGUUGAUGACAGAACUCAUCUGCUUGAAGAGGAAGAAAGAUGUUUCAUUAUUUCUCACUGGCUUGCAGAAUGAAGGGAUGGUGAAUACAAUGGCCAUUUUGCAUGAGCAUAUCCAGAGUUCUUUACCCAACCAAAGGCCCCUGGCCGCUGUGCUUUUGUUCUACCUAGAUAUUUUGGUAUCAAUUAAACCUCAAGAGUAUAGCAUACAUAGAUCGGAAGCAGUUGAUGCCCUUGCCGAAUGUCUUGAUUGCAGCUUAACUGAUGUGAAUGUCCGAGAGAAUUGCUGCAAAGCGCUUCUUAUCUUGGGAAUGCAUUUCUCUAUCUCUGGAAAAUUGUUGUCAGAAAAGUGGAUAACAGAGGAAGCAAAUCCUAAUGGUAAUGGUGAAGUGAAUUCGGUUGACAAUGAAGACGGUUCACUAGCUAGUGACAGAUAUCCAUCGGAUGAUGAAGAAAAUUUGACUGAAUAUUGGUUGAGGUACUUGACAAUCACACUGCUUGGAUAUGGAAAAAAAUCAAUUUUAGAAGUCCUUUCAAAGUGUCUAGGGUCAGAACACUCGAAUUUGGUCAGGAUGUGCCUAAUCACUGCAGAAUGGUUGAGCCGAGCACUUACUUCACUAUCUGAUUCCGAGUUUCAGCUCUUAGCCUUCUCAUCUCUCAUUCCUCCACUGAAGGAAAACCUGAAGAACAGUGAGCACGUUGAGCACAAAAUUCUUGCUUCAAUGUCUCUGCUCAACUUCAGCAAAAUCUCCGAGUGCAGGGUGCUUUUGAUGGAAAGCACAGAAGAUAUUUCAAUUCCUCUACAAAACCUUGCUGAAGUAACAUGGAGUGCAAAAGUGUUAUAUGCCAUCAUUUCUGGACACAAUCUUUAGACCGGUAAGAAAGAUAUGCCGGUCUGAAUUAUUCACUGCCACGUUACAAUUUACAGGCAUCUACUUGAAGUAAUCAGAAGCUUCAGUAUCUCCUGGAUUUCUGAAUAGAAGAAAAAUUGAAAAUUCUAGAGGAAAGAACCAUAUUAAGUCUAGUAACCUACAAUAUGAAAUACAACAGCGGCAGAUGCUAUGCCCCGAAUCCUACUAUGCCGAACCAGCUACUCUGCAAACUGGGCAUUUGAAAUAGAAAGGCCUAGGGGGAAAGCACAUAAAAACGUUAGCGUGAAUGGACAAAAAAUAAGUAUUUGUAAAGAAAAGAGAUUUUAUA